AUGUUAUCGCACGAGACAAAAACUGAGGGUUACGCCUCGGCAGAGCCAGUCAAACAUGAAUACAGCAACGAUGGAGUGGGUGUCGCAGAGGCGGGUGGUCUCUCCAACCCGGACCAUGUCGACCUGCACCGUGCCCUCAAGGCUCGUCAUAUUACAAUGAUCGCCAUUGGCGGUGCGAUUGGAACUGGAUUGAUCAUUGGUACUGGUGAUGCUCUUGCAAAGGCCGGCCCCGGCUCUGUCCUGAUCGCCUACUCUUGGGUCGGCUUCAUUGUCUAUCUAGUCAUGUGUGCUCUCGGAGAGAUGGCCACCUGGCUUCCCCUCCCUUCUGGUUUCACUGGCUACGCGGUUCGCUUCUGCGAUCCUGCUCUCGGUUUCGCUCUCGGCUGGACAUACUGGUUUAAAUAUAUCAUUGUCACGCCGAAUCAACUCACGGCCGGUGCACUUGUCAUAUCAUACUGGUUACCACAGGAAAGAGUGAAUGCAGGCGUCUGGAUCGCAAUCCUUCUUGUCGCCAUCGUGUGCAUCAAUUACUUCGGCGUCCGCUUCUUCGGCGAAUUCGAGUUUUGGCUGUCCUCAUUCAAGGUCAUCGUGAUCCUUGCCGUCAUACUGCUCAGUUUCAUUCUGAUGUUGGGAGGCGGCCCUGAUCAUGACCGGAAAGGCUUCCGCUACUGGAAAAAUCCCGGUGCCUUCAACACCUACAUCCUGGACGGAGAUGCUGGCCGCUUCCUGGCAUUUUGGUCCACCAUGGUGAGCGCCACGUUCGCCUACCUUGGCACGGAGUUGGUUGGCGUGACGGUAGGAGAAGCGCAGAAUGCGAGAUCAACUGUGCCAAAAGCAAUCAAGUUGACCUUUUGGCGAAUUCUGGUGUUCUACAUUCUCUCCGUCUUCUUGGUGGGCUGCUUGGUGCCAUACAAUGACCCAAAGCUCCCAUACAAUGAUUCAAAGUUCAAAUUGAGCACUUCUAGUGCAGCUGCCUCGCCAUUUGUCGUUGCCAUCAAGAACUCGGGGAUCCCCUCCUUGGAUCACGUUCUCAACGCUUGCAUCUUGGUCUUCGUCUUUUCCGCUGCCAACUCCGAUCUGUACAUUGCCACCCGAACUAUCUACGGCCUGGCUCGCGAGGGUAAAGCUCCUAAGAUCUUUGCCCGUACGGAUCGGCGCGGUGUCCCCGUGUUCGCUCUGGCCAUCUGCUCUGCGGUUGCCCUGAUCGCAUUUAUGAACGUCGCCAACGACUCCCGCACCGUCUUCAAGUAUUUUGUCAAUCUCGUCACCAUCUUUGGUCUACUGACUUGGCUUUCCAUUCUCGUCACCCAUAUCUAUUUUGUGCGAGCAAGAGAAGCUCAACGAGUGCCUAGAUCCGAUUUAGCGUACGUUGCGCCUCUCGGAAUUUGGGGAUCGUACCUGGCGCUGGCAUUUUGCAUCCUUAUCAUCUUCACGAAGAACUACGACGUCUUCGUCCACAGCAAGAAAUAUGGAAACUUUGAUAAAAUCGGAUUCAUUACAGCCUACCUCGGAAUACCGCUCUACCUUCUACUUCUCUUUGGCCACAAAUUUAUGACCGGCUCUAAGGGAGUCAAGCCCGAGGAGGCCGAUCUGUGGACCGGCAAAGAUGAGAUCGACCGGGAAGAAGCUGCUUUCAUUGCGGCGCGCAACGCGGAGAUGGAAAAUCAUGCUGGGUCCCACUGGUUCUAUCGCAAGUUUGUUUCUUGGUUGUUCUGA